CAUGCGAUCGUAUUCUCCUUCUCAUUCUCCGAAGUCUUUGCAUUUUCUCUGCAACUGCAAGCAUCGCCUGGAAAGAAGAAUACGAUGAUUCGGCUCCUCUUUCUCGUAGCGCUUAUACACCGAGUCUCGGUGUAUGCCGUCUCUGGUUCCUGUGAACUCAGCGUCUUUCACGGCAGCUCGCUCUACAAUUUCAGCUUGACUCGCCCUUCCCCAAAAUACCCCCACGGCGUUCUCAGCGAAGACGGGUUUUACAAGGUAUCAGUGAAUGAGACUUUGCUCUGGUUUCAGCUUUGUGAUCGGAUGAUAUUCAACCAUGAUCCCCCUGGAUGUUUUGAUUGUCAGGAUUGUGGAGGUCCAUUACAUUGUGGGAUGAAGUGUAGUGCACUUGUGGCAAACAACAUAGGAGGAUAUUAUGUUUGUGCAGCUAUUGGGAAAGCCUCAAACUCAGAUAUUACCCUCAUCGAUAAAAAUGAUCCUCAAAAAGGCGUCACCGUUAAGAUGUCAACUAGUGUCCUGGAGAGUAAUUGCUCACUAUCGGUAUCUGUUUUCUGUGAUUCAAAGGGGAUUCUAGGACCAUAUUCACUGAAUAGAUCAGGGGACUGCAACUAUGCUACAGAGCUAAGGCAUCCUUCUGGCUGUGCUACGAUUAUUUCUAUUCGUGGAAGAGGGUGGCGCUGGUUUGGUACUCUCAUUACCAUGUAUGUGCUUUAUUCAUUUCCCUUGCUAAGAACUUUUAUGCCUCUUAGGCGGGUAUCUACUUGUUGGAACAGUUUAUCGGUAUUUUUUCCUCGGAGUUCGUGGUAUAGAAGUUGUUCCAAAUUUGGAGUUUUGGCUCAGUUUACCACGAAAAGCUCAGAGUUUAGUCAUGUCUUUGGUGAGAAGAUUUAGAAGACAACCUCAAGGCAACAGAAGUACAUAUACCCAAGCAACCUUCUGAGCAGUACAUUUUCAUCACAUACAUGCAAAAUUUCAUUGGUGGUUUUAGUUUUGGACAACCCUGUGCUGGAAAUUUCACAUCUGUGGAAGAGAACGACUGUGGCAAUAAUCCUGUGCGCUGGCCUUCUUCCUCCAUCAAAAGAUCCGAACCCAAAGCGUCACAUUGAUG